AUUGUUUUCUACUGUUCACCCUAAGGAAUCAUCUUGCUCAUGAACAUAAGGAUGUAGUUCACACAAUGUAUUGUUUUAUUCAUUUUUAAAAAGCAGUUGUUGUGCUAUUGUGAAGACAAGUGACUAUUUUGUCCUCUAAAAAUUCAAGUCUCAAAUCUAAAAAAGUCGACAGUCACUUUACUGAAGAUGUGCUGCUACCUGCACACCUGCAUUUAAUUCAUCAACUGAACUGAACAUUGUUCACAUUUAUAUCUGCUGGUGUUUCAGGUAUUCUAACCAUAUAUCACAGAACAUGUACAUGUUGUGUUUAAAAAAAUGAAAUAUCUGAAAGGAGCAAACAUUAAAUGUCUUCAAACAUUUUUUUAGAAAAAUAGUUGCAAAGCAUUUUCAUCAAAGACUCUUCAUUAAGUGUCUUAAUAAUUUAAACGUUAGAAAAAGUCAUACACUCAUUAGUACAUUAUAUAAUUUUUCUUUGGUGUGAUCUGGUGGCAGACACAAUGCAUGAUGGGCUAAAAGCAACUAAGACUGCAACAAACUUUUCAGAGAUUGUUUAAAAUUACCUUUGAAAUCUAUAUGAAUUUAACUUUAACGUUUAACUUUAUGUUGCAGGUACAGCGUGCCCAGAAAGAGGACUAAAAGAUGGACCACAUCCUUCUUCUCCUGCAGUAUUCAGCUGCUUAUCAAGCUCUCAUAUUACAGCAUUAACUUGGAACUCUGCACUCUAUUGAAAUUGGCAUCCCUCAUGCGAUGCUUUAAUUAUGUUUUUUAUGAUUAAUUUGUUUAAUCUUUAUUACGUGCUGCCAUAUUUCUUUAAGUAAAUAAUUUAAAUAAUUCCUCCAACAUUUUAGACUCCUCUGUCGUAUAAUGUUUAUGUAUGCAGACCUGCAGUAAUCACUUCUUACCAGCAGAGGGCAGUGAUGAUUCUUUUUUGAUCUAGACAUAUUUUAGUCCCUGAUCUAGGCCCAAGUAUGUUGGAGCUAAAGACUUCUAAUUCAAUUCAGUUAACCUUUUUCAAAACACCAAAUAUUUACUAUCAGGGUCAAGACACUUGGUUGACCAUUGCCUCUUCAUACACAUAAAACAGAAACUUGUUAAUUGUAUGCAUCUAUUAACUUUUGCAGCUUUUUGCACUAAUGAGGGGGGUAGAGAGAGUUUUAAGUUUCUUUAGCAGCAACAUAGUGUCAUAAACCACACAGUAAUUUAAUCUUUCAAAUGUUUGAAUGAGAAUAUCUCUCAACAAGCUAAAACGCAGCUGAGAGGUAACGUUCAGUUCCUGAGUGUCUUAUAUGGUAAAGACAACAAGCAGGACCCGUCUCUUUAUAGCUCAAUACAAUUAAACACCAAGUAGCGGCUGUGUAAAAGUCCAACCCUGCGCAGAUGUCGUGAAUAGACAAAUGAACGACAGAGACCAAAACCAUUGUUGUACCAGGCUCGAAACAUUUUAAUUGUAAGUUUAUGGUCACUAUGGGGUCUAAUGGAUCUAAUGGAUUUUUAGCUGUCGGACUAAACCUCAAGUGGACACUCGAGGAACUGCAGUUUUGUUUCUAUUUUAUUAUGUUACAUUUUUUAUUUUACAAAUUUUUCACGAAUGCAUUGAUUACAUUAUUUUAACACCGGAGGUUGCCCCUAAGUGAAGAUGAGUUCUGAGGGGCUUUAGAAGACCAUGGAAGGAAAAAUUCUUCUGCUAUCCAACAUGAAAACGUGCGCUACAACACACACACACACACACACACACGCACACACACACACACACACACACACACACACACACACACACACACGCACACACACCUCUCCAUUCCUCUGUAUUCAUGUAUUCCGCGCACGUCUCUUCCUCCGUGUAUAAACCCUCAGUCAGUAGGCUAACUUAGAGCAGCUGAAGCUCUCUCUCUUUUUAUUCUCUCUCUCUCUCUCUCCUCCUACUCCCUCCCUCUCUCUCUCUUUUUAUUCUCUCUCUCUCUCUCUCUCUCUCCUCCUCCUCCUUCCUCCGCUUCAUCUCUUCUCUGCAGGACUCGUAUUCCCCUUCCAGACGGACACCUGCCAUACCGCACUCCCUGCUCCCUCUCUCACAGAGCACACCGGCACUCUUUGGGCUCUGUACGCGACUCAGAGUGCACCGGGGGGGGGGAGGCUGGCGGACAGAGGAGGGGUCGUUGUGAAACCUGGAUGGAUUGAUUGUAUGGUCGGAUGGAUAGAUUGGAGCAGGGUCUCGUGUCUCACCUUGGGAGGAGGGUUCAGCAUGCAAUGCCUGACCCCUGACCUCUGACCCCCCUGAUAGAGCCUCUGUGGAGGAGGAGGACAAGGAGCACCCAGCAGAGCUCCAAAGAAGGAUGGAGGGUGGAGAGGAGGAUAGCCAAAGACAGAUAGCUGAGUCCUCUUCCAGACUUGGGAGGGCGUCCCCAAGAGUAGAAGGAGGAGGAGGAGGCAGGGAAGGAGGAGCUGGAGGAGGGGACAGUGGAGACCCCUGCACACAAAAUGGCCUCAUCGACACCCAUAGGCUUGGGGGGGAGCCUCGGGAGGCGUUGCUAUUGGUGUACUCAGCUCCUCAAUAUCAGCGUCAUGUGGUGAAUACACCUCCUCAGCAGGAGAGGAACAGUAUGGGAGGAGGUCCUCCUCAGCUCCUGAACCCCAGUGCCCUCCUCCCCCAACAGGUGUUUUCCGACCCUCACUACAGGCCGGCCCCAAGCCUCCUCCUGUGCCCAGAGAGCGUUCUGCGGGCGUGGGGAGAGGCAGGGGGAGGCGACUGCUGUGAGACUACCUUCAUUGAAGGUCUGAGCCCUGAUGCUUCCUUCUCAGAUGCUGCUGCUGCCUCCUCCACAAAGGAGGCGCUGCUGUUUGCUGACGGGAGGUUUAUGGACUAUUCUGGAGAGGACGCAAAGAUUCAUACGCUCUCGUAUGACAUUGAUGACGACGACGAGUUUCAGGAGCUUGAGAGCGAUUACUCCAGUGAAUCAGAGAGUGAGGAUGCCUUCCUGUUGAUGCCUCCUAGAGAUCACCUGGGCCUCAGUGUCUUCUCCAUGCUUUGCUGCUUCUGGCCGCUCGGCAUUGCUGCCUUCUACCUGUCGCAUGAGACCAACAAGGCGGUGUCUAAAGGAGAUUUUCAUCACGCCAGCUCCAGUUCGAGGCGGGCACUCUUCCUGGCUGUGCUGGCAAUCACCAUCGGGACAGGUAUCUAUGUGGGAGUGGCUGUGGCCCUGAUCGCCUACCUCUCCAAGAACCACCACUGGUAACCCUUUCAGAGGGAAAAAUACCCAUCAGGCACUGGGAAAGAUUAGGUUUUUAAUCUUAACCCGGAGUCUCAGGUGAGCUUGUUCGACAGGUUGACCCACAGCAAUGAGCUGGAGGAAGUCUUCCUCUAUCGAGAAGAGGAGGUUCAGCAAAUGCCCGCUGAGUGGUUUGUGUGAUGGCACAGUGAGAUACUUUAUCUGGAUCAGACUUAAGGGGCAUGUCAGGAGACUCUUGAGUUUUUGUACAGCCUGAAACCUUUGAACCAAUCAGAUUGCAGGGCGUUUUUGAGAAGAUGAGACACAGGAAGCAAAGAUGCUUUAAAAGAUUGUUGUUUUGUCUCUGUUUGAAAGAUAUUUCAAACAGUUUUAUUCACUUCAUUGAUUUUAGCUUAAAAUAUGAAGAAAUUACCAUUAAUCACUGAUUACAUUGAUGAUUAUUUUCUUAAGAGCUUUACAGAUUGGCCAAAACGAUUGAUACGUGUAUUCAAAGAUAAUUUAGCAAUUUUUUCAUUAAUUAAUCACACAAUUCAAGCAGAAAUGUAACAUUUGCUUAUCUAAUGCACUCACAAAAGUGCUCAUGUUUCAUCCAAACAUCAAACCCUCUUACAUAAAUGAAUCAAGAAAGUUAAUGUUGCAGAACCAGAGCUGUGAGAAUGAAUUUACAGUGAUUAAAAAAUUCACAGUGAAAAUGACAUAAUGACAUCACACUAGAAGGGACAUUUUACACAAAAAGCAGUCUCAGUCACUGAGAUUGAUAGCUCAUAACUGGAUCACUGGAUUGCUGAUAUUGGAUCAUGAUAUCACUGAGACUGAUCAUUGACGCAGGAUCUACUGGAUCACCUUUAAUGAAUCGCUGAUGCAAAAUUGCAGGGACUGGAUUGCCAAUUCUGGGCAAAUGGAUCACUGAUACUGACUCAAUGACAGUGUGUCUUGAUCGUUUCAACUGGAUCUCUUGGACUGGAUCACUGAUUCGGGAUCUGUUAACCAAUGAGACUGGACAGCUGAUUCUGAAUCAUUGGCUCUCUGACUCUGGAUCACCGAUGCUGGUCACUUUUUUGGGGGCUAACGUGUCCACGUUCAUUUUUACAGGAAACAAAGACUGACUUGCUUGUUUUUUGACAGCCUGUCAAGGCUUUUCUGUCUCUUGCUAAAGAGAAAUUAUUAUUCUAUGAAAAAAAUAAUUCUUAGUUGAAUGUGUUUAUUCACUUUCUGUUUCACUUUCUGUGACUCUGUGAAGGUUUUCUUAAAAAGGAACAGCCGAUCAAAUAAUUUGCAAAACAGUAAGACCCAUGUCAGAAAAUGCCUGCUUGUCAUCCUUUCUUUAAUGCAAAGACACAAUUUCUGUUUCUGUUUGAUUGUUUCUGUGUGAAUCAACCUGCAGAGAGGAGAGAUCAUCUUUCAGUGAUCACAGAAACUCUCCAUCAUUUUUUCGGCUCAAUCAGGGCUUUAAAAAGCUUUUUUUUUUUUUAAACAGAAUGUGUUUGCAGAUUUAACUGGGAGCUGCAGGUCUGGGACCCCACAACCUCUACUUCCCCAGCUGGGACAAUUGGGUUAUUAUAAAAAAAAAAAAAAAGACACCACAUGAGGUCGGGGAAUAUUUGAUCGGGGUCUCACAUUGCUUAAUGUUUUCAGGGCUCCAACAAGAAGUCUGUUGACAGGCUCUUGUUUUUCUCACUUACUACAGUCAUGUUUCCCAAAAUAAGCCUGAUGCUAAGCUAAAAGACAGUCUGCUGUUAGCCAACAGAUGGUAGACAAGGAUGACUAGAAGCUUUGUGACUGUCUGAGCAGGCCCUCCAGAACAACCGUUUUCCCUUAGAUACAUUUAGAAGGAAAGUCCUCAGAAAGGAAGACAGGGACAUGUAAUAAGACUCAAUCAUAAAAUGUUAUAUCGUAGAGGACAAAACCAAUGAAAUGCAAGAUUUAAGAAAUUAAUCUACAACAUCUUAAAAGUCUUUUAGGUGCCAAAACUUGCACUGUGUUUGAUUGUGAUUGGUUGGUCUGGAGAACUUGAGUCCUCUCAGGUGUUUGGGAUGACACGGUCUGAGUGAGAACAGGAAAACUAAAACUUUGAACAAAUCUGAACUAAACUAUCUGUUUGGAAAUAAAAAACAAUAUUUCUUAUUCUCACUCUUUACAUAUAAAUACUGGGCUAAAGGGCUGCAACCAUGCAUCAUCGCUCAUGUUCUAUAGAUUCUCUUUGUAGACACACCUGCUUGGCUGCGACGUCACACACACCUGCACAUCUACUGAAUGUUUUGUCUUAAAGAGCUCUGAUAAAGGGGAAUGUGAUCCGUGAUGUUUAUGUCUGGAGCUAUAUCAAUCUGAAAGGACCACCCUGGACAGGUCAUAUGGUUGAAAACAAAAUAUGAAUAAACAUUUAUAUAUUUCCAUUGA